CGUCGGGGCUUGAUCGGGCAGCGGAGGCGGAAGGUCUAGCUCCGGCCCGGCCCUCGACCCGCUUCCCCGGCCCUCGCUUGCCCUCCCUCCGAGAGUCGCCGCGCCAGCCCCCCCCCCGCCUCCCCGAUGCCGAGGAAUGGAUAGAGCGUCUGCCGCGCGGAGAGGAGCCGAGAGGAUGGUGGAGAAGAAAGAGUGCGCCGCGGGCCGGACGGCAGGGGCAGCGGGGGCCGGAGGAGGAGGAGGAGGUGGGCGCAGCGGCCGAGCCCCCCCGGACGGCCUGGCCUCCGGACGCCCCGGCCGGGCCGGCUGCGCGCUGCAGCAAUGCGGGCAGCUCCAGGACCUCAUCGACAUCUCCCUGUCCAGCCUGCAGGGGCUCCGCACCAAAUGCGCCGCUUCCAACGACCUCACCCAGCAAGAGAUCCGCACUUUGGAGGUGAAACUUGUCCGUUAUAUUGGCACCCAGCUUCAGUGCAAGUUGAAUGUCCCCCUGAAUGACAGGACAGUGGAGCUGAACAGUUACCCGCGCUUCAGCGACUGGCUGUAUCUCGUCAACGUGAGGAAAGACGUCGUUCAGAGGAUACCGGAGGAGUUGACCCUCGAUGCCUUACUGGAAAUGGACGAAUCGAAAGUGAAAGACACCAUGAAGAGGUGCGGGGCCAGCGCUGAGGAAUGCUCCCGGCUCAAUGGGGCUCUCGCCUGCUUGCGGAAAGUGACCCGCACAGGUGGAGAGUACAAAGACGACCUGGUGUGGAAUCUGCCAGACACACGCCGUGAAGCCAGCUUGAUGCCCCCCUCCGAACUUUCCCCCUGCCCCACCUCGCUCACGUGGACUCACGGCAGCUUGACGUCCCUGAAGGGGAACGGCCCGCAGGCCCGCUCCGUCUCCACGUCCACGCUCCUGUCCUCCUCGGAUAGGCCCCCCGGCAGCGCCGACAGCCUCUUGGAGUCAUUUGCUUUCCCCACCCACUGCGGGAGGCGGAACCUCAGGACUCCCCACAGCAUCACCAUCACGCCCCCCACGACGCCCCAGCUCAAGAGGGGGAAGCCGCCACGGACUCCCCCACCGCCCAGCCGGAAGGUUUUCCAGCUGCUCCCCAACUUCCCCACCCUCACGAGGAGCAAAUCCCACGAAUCUCAGCUUGGCAACAGGAUCGAUGAAGUCCCUCCCAUGAAAUUCGAUCUCCCCCCGGGAUCGCCUCAGACUGUACGAAGAGAUAUUGGUCUGUCUGUAACACACAGAUUCUCUGCAAAGUCAUGGCUUUCUCAGGUCUGCCAGGUGUGUCAGAAAAGCAUGAUGUUUGGCGUGAAGUGCAAACACUGCAGAUUAAAGUGUCAUAACAAAUGCACGAAAGAAGCCCCACCUUGUAGAAUAUCUUUCUUACCCAUACCCCGAUUAAAGCGGGCAGAGUCUGUCCCUUCUGACAUCAAUAACCCGGUGGACCGACCAUCAGAGCCGCAGUUUGGGACUCUUCCGAAAGCUCUAACUAAAAAGGACCACCCGCCUACAAUUAACCACCUCGACUCCAGCAGCAAUCCAUCUUCCACAACCUCCUCCACGCCGUCUUCCCCAGCCCCCUUCCCGUCUUCCAACCCCCCCAGUGCAACGCCACCCCCAAACCCAUCUCCCAUGGGCCAACGGGACAGCCGGUUCAACUUUCCAGCUGCCUACUACAUUCAGCAUAGACAACAGUUUAUCUUCCCAGAAAUUCCCAACACUCCCCAAGUAACACAACCUUCGGAAACUACUGAAAGCACUAAUGCUGAUGAGCACCUAGAGACGGACGGGGUUGAAGAACGUGACGUGGAGCACGUGGAAGACCAAGAACAGAACAAAUCGGAAGCCGAGGAUGAUGAAGAUGAGGUUGACGACCUGCCGAAGCGGCGAGACCGCUGGCGGCGAGGGGUGAUGUCCCGGAAUGUCAGCCAGACCAGCGUCUACCUGCAGGAAUGGGACAUCCCCUUUGAGCAGAUCAAGCUGGGCGACCCCAUUGGCCAAGGGCGGUGGGGCAAGGUCUACCGGGGGAAAUGGCACGGGGAGGUGGCCAUCCGGUUGCUGGAAAUCGAUGGGAACAAUCAGGACCACCUGAAACUGUUCAAGAAGGAGGUGAUGAACUACAGACAAACCAGACAUGAGAAUGUGGUGCUUUUCAUGGGGGCCUGCAAACCCCCUCACCUAGCAAUCAUUACUAGCUUCUGCAAAGGAAGAACGCUUCAUUCGUUUGUAAGGGAUCCCAAGAUAUCUUUGGAUAUUAACAAGACCAGGCAGAUCGCCCAGGAGAUCAUUAAGGGCAUGGGGUAUCUCCACGCAAAAGGGAUUGUGCAUAAAGAUCUCAAGUCGAAGAACGUUUUCUAUGAAAACGGAAAAGUUGUGAUCACAGACUUUGGUCUGUUCGGGAUUUCUGGUGUGGUUCAGGAGGGAAGGCGCGAGAACGAACUGAAACUGCCCCACAACUGGCUGUGCUACCUGGCUCCAGAGAUCGUGCGCGAGAUGGCUCCAGGGAAGGAUGAGGAUAAGCUCCCGUUUUCCAAGGCGGCUGACGUCUAUGCUUUUGGGACCGUGUGGUAUGAGCUCCAAGCCAGAGAGUGGCCCUUUAAGAGCCAGCCAGCCGAGGCGUUGAUCUGGCAGAUUGGGAGUGGCGAAGGCAUGAAACAGGUCCUCUCCACAAGCAGCUUGGGGAAAGAAGUUGGAGAAAUUCUCUCUGCGUGUUGGUCUUUCGAUGUCAGUGAGCGUCCCAGCUUCACUCUCUUGAUGGAAAUGCUUGAAAAACUGCCAAAACUCAACCGGAGGCUCUCUCAUCCGGGACAUUUCUGGAAAUCAGCCGACAUUAACAGUAGCAAAGUUGCCAUCCGGUUCGAGCGAUUUGCCUUGGGAGAUUUGGAAUCCAGUAAUCAAAAGAUAUAGUUUGUUGUGUGUUCAUGGUUCUCUCUUCAUUUCCACCCUCCGGAAAAAAAUAUAUAUAUCUGUGUCACUCACACGCCUGGAAGUGGAUCAUCGGAGUCCUCUGCAAAGUUUCCCAAAUAAUCGAAGGGCCAUGGGGAGAUGCGGUCCCCCCGCCAGGCCCCCAACGAGAUUUCAUUUUGACUUUCGUUACUUUUGCUUCUGACAUCUCGAGUCAGCAUCUUCUUUACUUAAAAAAUGUUUACAUUCUGAUGGACUGUUGUUGUCUUCCCCUUGUGUGAAUUAUAUUUUUCAUGGUUAAUAAUAAAUGUGAUAAAAGGUUUUUUUAAUCUUAAAAAACAACAACCCAUUUCCCCUCUCCCUAAAUGUUCAACUGGCACUGUUAAAAACAACCUGACUAUGAAUCUUGGUUUCAUCUGUGAAGCAGCGAAGGUUUUCUGUUUCGCCCUGUGGAAAUGUUCGAUCCGUUCAAAAUGAAGUUUGCACACACACACCCCUUGGGGCAUGUAUACAUGCAAAGUGUGAACUGGUUCAGCCGCCUCAGCUUGCUCGCAAGAAUGCUAGGAACCGUUGCUUUUGUGAAGGUGUGCGGAAGGAAAUCCCAUAUUCCCUUUUGAGAAAUACACUUUCCUAGCCUAAUUUGAGAACGAUAGCAGAGGCAGAGUUUGGAAGUGGUUUAAAUUUGUGUAGACAAUCCCAUUGUUUUUGUUUUAAAAAAAUAAGCUUAGAGGCUGCCGAAGCAAAGUGGGAUAGAUGCUAUAUAUUUCUGGGGAGAUCUUCAAGUGUGAAAUGUUUGUUGCAUUCAACGCUGCUUAAAUGCAGCGUCAAACCCUGUUUGCUUUCCAGUAGGCAUGGAUUCUCCAGAAAUAUAAUGGCAUCGGGUGAUUGGCAGGUGGGUGGACCUAUCAAAACUGCCCCAUGAAGGGGUAGGUGCUUUUGAAUCGGGCCUGCUGGACAAGAGUCGUGUGUCCCCCUCUGUUCCCCUUGCAUAGAGGGUAGUAGGUGAUCAUUUUUUACAGCAAGCUUCCUACCUCAUGGUUUUUGGGGAAGGUUUGGGGUUUUUUUUGGAGGUAUGUAGGUGGUAUCUAAAGAGCUGGAGACACUAGAAGGGAACUGAAUAGGACUUUUUUCUUUAGGGAGCUGUCACUUUCUGCACAGCUACUUGUGUCUCCCCAAUAACCACUAUUUCUAACCCUUUGAGGCAGAGCUGGUCAUUCUGUGGAACUCCAUGGGUUUUUGGGUUUCUGGUGUGUACAAGGGGGUUAUGGUCAGAUUUUUUGUGGGGGGCGGAGAGAGGGCACUUGUUCCAGUGAUCCUCUGGUGCUUUGUGUAAGCUAGAUGUGGGGAGCCCUUAGCACUCCAGAUGUUUCUGAACUACAGCUCCCAUCAGCCCCAGUAGGCCCAACGGACAGGAGUGAUGGGAGUUGUAGUCCAGCAAAACCUGGAGGGCCUGUGUACACCUCGUGUAAAGGAGACACAGUUUCUCAUUCCACUCCUUCCAAAGGAUCCCAGAUGAGGAAUGAUAAGGAGGGUUGCUGGAGACUGUGCGGGGAGCGGGACCGAGUUAUGUCUGUCUGCUGAGGGAAAUCUCAAAAGUUUUUGAGGACUUAAAAGUGGUAAUUUAUUAAUGCUGCUGUUGCCCUCUUCCAAAAAAGCAGGGUCUACCCAAGAAGAAUCCUCACUAAUGGCUCCAAUAAGUGCUCAGCCUUUAUUAUUAUUAUUAAGAGCAAUUUCCAAAAUAUGUGGCACAAGCACUGUCCAAUAGGUCCUUUGUGGCAGGGUAAAGAAAUCUCGCAAUGUAGUUGUUUGUCUUGGUGGUCCACCAGUCCUGCUAUUUUCUUAGAAGACUGUGAAGAAGGGGGGGGGAGCUCUUUUGAGGCUUUUUUCUGUGUGGUGAUAACUUGUUUGGGGUUCAUCCUGAACCGUUGACCGCACUACCAAGUGUUGGAGACGGAAGCCUAUUUCUGUGGGAUAGAACAGUUUUUGUCUUUUUAAAGAAGACAGACUGAAGGCAGAACAUCUUAUUGGAAGAGAGCUUAAAUGUGCUACCUUGACACUGAAAGUACUUUAGAGAAGUACCUUUUUUUGAGGGGGGGCGGAGAGAGAAGAGGUGUUUCUGGUUACUGCGAUACAGUGAAAAGGCCACACCUGCCCAAUACAUUUACGCAGUUGUGGCUUCCCCCAAAGAAUCCUGGGAACUGUAGUUGGUUUAGGGUGCUGAGAGUUGAUAGGAGACCCAUUUUCCCCUCGCACAGCUACAGUUCCCAUCCCUCACGUCCUUUAAUGUUGCUCUGUACACAUUCUCUGCACAUAGGAAGUUAGCAUUUCAGGGGGAAAGAGUUCUAACCUUGCUAUGUUCAGGUUUUUUAUGAGCAGGGAUUUUUGUAUGUGUGGUGUGAAUGAGCAUUCAUUCACCACCACAGACGGAUGUGGCCCAGACACAGGUCAAACACUGAAAGCUGCAGUUCUGGUGGAAAGUGCAAGUUGUCUCGUGUAAGCCACGUAAUAUCCGCAGUGCAACUGAUGGGCCCAAUUUUGGCUUCUUUAUCAGUACUUUCCUCUGUAUAGUUAAUGCCGUGUACCCCUCAGUGCACCAGGUCCUUGGAUUAUAAUACAGUGCACUCCUUUGGUUGCCUUUUCUAAUGAAGAGAGAUCCACUCAUGCUUGCAGGGAAGAAGAGUUGGUUUCUUGCCUGGGGUUCAAACACUUGCCACCAACGGGAAGUCUUACCCUAAGGAUUCUUCCUAAAUUUUUUUAAUUCCUGUUGCUCUGGGGAACUGUAAACCCCCUCCCAGCAUUGCACUCUCAGUUAGGAUCAUUCUCAGUUUGGCACACCUGAAAUUAAUAAAACUGCAAAGGAAGAGGUAGCAUCAAACAUCUCCCUAAGUGCCCAAGAGCAGGGCAUGAUGGGAAUAUCUCUCUUUAUUCCCAGCAUCUGGGAAUGUAUUUGCCUAACUAGGGGUGACUAGCCUGUGGCCUUGCAGGUGUCGCUGGACCUCAGCUCCUAUUUGCUCCAGCCAACUUGGCCAAUAGAGAUGAUUUCAGUCUGGAGUUCAGCAACAUCUGACUGCCCAAAGAUCAGCCAUCCCUCGAGAAAGAGAGACUGUCUUUAUAGUCCUUCGUAGCUCUGUUCUCCAUAAAUCUGGCCUAACCCUUUCCCCUACAGCUAUUUAAGCUUUAAAACAUGUGAUCGUUUUCAGACUGAGGGCCACAUUUCCUCCUUUACAACUUUCUGAGGGCCGCAUGCCAGCAGUGGGCGGGGCCAGAGGCAAACGUGGGCGAACCAAUGAUUGCACAGCAGGCCAAUUUCAGCAUGCUGACACACCCCUUUCUGUCCUCCAUUCAGACAAGCACAUUGCAUUGUCAGUGUUCAAGGAUAUGUUGGAGCCAGGCUCAAAUCCUUGGGGAGCGAAGCAGGGCGAGUGAAAGGCAUGAACCAACACUGUUUACAUUGCUGUAAAUCCAGAGUCACUCCACUAAACCCAGGCGGAAGGCAGGGUGGUGGCAGGGAAUGAAUGGAGUCCUUUCAGCUGUGGCUGUAAUUUACCCACUUACCUAGAGUAAGCCCAGUUGAAUUUGAUGAGACUUACUUUUAAGAGGAAACAGAAGGAAUUGCAUUGUACAGCAUUGCAGCAGGAGCAUUGGACGGGGGUGGGAGGAAGGGAUCUCUGCCCCAGUUCGUUCCUAAUUAUUUGUGGGUUUUCCUUUUUGUGGUGAUUGUAAGCGAGUGAAUUAGCACUGUGAGGCCGUAUCUUUUUUUUUCUUUUUCUUUUUGGUGAACCGCAGCUGCACAUUAAGGGUCCCCCCCUCCUCAACCGCAACUUUGACGGUGUAUGUAAAAUGAAGUCUGUAAUAUUGGUGAAAAUGGAUGUGUGUUUGGGGUUUUUUUCCUCCCCCUUUUCAAAUGUAUUGUAAACUUUGUACAGUAAAUAUAUUAUAAAUAUAUAUAUAAAUAUAUAAAUAUAUUUUCUAUCAACUUGAGUUUGGUCUUCCAGAAUGGCUAUUAAUUUAAUUUUAAAAGAAAUGGUUAGUAUUAACAGAGAGCUCUGAGUUUAGUCUGUGCAACUGUUUAAAAAGAGAGAGAGAAAGAAAGAAAAGAAGUACAUUCUAUGCUAAUGAAAUUCUGGAUAUUUUAGAGUUCUUUUAAGUGAAUAAAGCUUUGCUCUGGAUGAAACACC